UCAAAAUUCGUUUCAUAUAGGUGACAUUUAACUUGUUGCCGACUUCGUGUCUUUGGUAUGAGGGCACAGUAUUGAAAUGAAUGAACAAACGAAAGAGGGAAAGAGUAAGGUUCGUGACAGAGGUCGCGAUUAAACGCUUACUCAUACGUAGUAUGUUCACGAGUUUAAUAUUUGUCGAACAAAGUUUAUGUAUGUAUGUACGUUGAAAAUUUGCAAUCUACAACGAAUCGUUUGUACAAAUACGAAAUGUUUUACGAUUUUCGAGAUUCGAAGGUAUUUGAAAACCAAAAGAAAAAUAUUUGUUUUGUUUACUGCGAUCAAAAUAGUACCAGAGGGAGACAGCUAUACUCGUAAGCAGCAGCACGCAGAUACAUGAUUGCACAAGUGAGUGAAGACAUUAAAAUAGAGAGAGAAAGAAAGAAAGAACGAAGGUAAACUUGUACAAGACAGUAGAAGGGAUGCAACGAAAUCGGUCGUGAUUCAAUCGGAGCACUGACUUACACAAAAAUAUAUUCGAAAUGUUUGAACCUACGGAACAGGGAAAGGAUCUAUGCAUUCACACUGGAGUGGUAUUGCGAGGUGCAAAUACAAGGGAAGAUGAAGUUCACAGUCUAGGCACAUUAAACAUUGUUGAAUAUAGUUUUGGCAAGUGUAUAGAAUGGAAACCUAUUGAAGAUUCUGUAGUAUCAGAAAAUCAAGAUCAAGAUCCUGAAUGGUCUUUAGUAGACACACAUACCAGGCGUACUCGUACUUCCUCAGAAGGACCAGAUUCCCUUGGUCGUACAAGAAUUGUUAGAAUUUUAUUCUCAGAAUUAAGCUCAUUUCGUGUAAAUCAUGGAGGGCAACAGCUUAUAUUUAUGCAAAAGGAUGGAACCACCUAUGUUGCCUUUUUUCAGUUAUCUAAUGCUGAAAGUUUUGUAAAUUCUUUGAAGGGUUUUAUUAAAUUUGUAAAGUCUCGUGCAAACAGAAAUUUGUAUAUUAUAGUAGAUGAAGUUCAAUCUGUAUUAAGUAAAUCGUUCGCUGAAUUAGAUUUAUUUCAAGAAAAUACUUCAGAUUAUGUUUGGAAAUUUGUAAAAAAUUUGCAUAACCGUCCGUAUGAAACAACAUUAGAAGCAUUUAGUAAACUGGCAGAUAUUUGGUUAUACAAAGAACCAGCUAAACGUCCGGUUGAAGAAGCAGUUGCAGAUUUAUUAAAUAGUUCACUUACGAUCGAUGUUCGUCAUCCUCCGGUAUCGGUCGGUUCUGGGGAGGAAUAUGAAGUAAUAGGAUUGGGUGUAGUAUUACCACCGCGACCGCCUUGUCCAAGAGGUACCCCGCUAUCACAAGAACAGUGGAACAAAUAUAAGGAUCCAGAGGGAAGAAUUUUAAAUCCUCAAGAAGUAAAAGAAGUUAUAUUUCGUGGGGGUGUCGCCCCAUCGUUACGUUUUGAGGUAUGGAAAUUUUUACUAAAUUAUUAUCCAUGGGAGUCUACACAAAUUGAAAGAUUAGAACUUAAAAAAAAGAAGACUGAUGAAUAUUUCAUGAUGAAGCUACAAUGGAGAUCUAUGACUGCUACGCAAGAGAAUAAUUUCUCCGAUUACCGAGAUCGAAAAAGUUUAAUUGAGAAAGAUGUGAACAGAACGGAUAGAACACACCCGUAUUAUUUGGGUGAUAAUAAUCCACAUUUAGCACAAUUGUAUGAUAUCCUCAUGACAUACGUAAUGUACAAUUUCGAUUUGGGAUACGUUCAAGGUAUGAGCGAUCUUCUUAGUCCUAUAUUAUGUUUAAUGGAAAGCGAAGUUGAUGCAUUUUGGUGUUUUGUUGGGUUUAUGGAUAAAGUGAGUACCAAUUUCGAAAUGGAUCAAGCCGGAAUGAAAGCCCAAUUAUGCCAAUUGUACAAUCUCUUGAGUACUACGGAUCCACAGUUAGCACAUUAUUUAAAUAGACACGAAUCUGGAAAUAUGUUCUUUUGCUUCCGUUGGCUUUUAGUAUUGUUUAAAAGAGAAUUCAACGCAGUCGAUAUAAUGAAAUUGUGGGAAAUAUUAUGGACGGAUUUACCAUGUAAAAAUUUCCAUCUGCUUUUAUGCGCAGCCAUUUUAGAUACAGAAAGAAAUAUUCUCAUGGAAAACCGUUAUGGAUUUACAGAGAUAUUGAAGCACAUAAAUGAUCUUUCCCUCCAUAUUGAGUUACCUUGGACAUUAUCCAAAGCAGAGGGUAUUUAUCAUCAGUUAAUGGCUGUAGCGGACCAGUUACCCGAUAACGUUCGCGUAAUAAUUGGAUUAGAACUGUUAAAUAAAACGUUGGUAGCUAAUGAAGCAGAAAAUGGUGAAGCUUCCGGACAAGACACUGAAGAAGCUGGUGGAGUGAAGGCUAAUUCAAGAAGAAAUAGUACGGAAAGUGGUAAUGUUAAAUUUGGAAAUAACGAAGUGUCGUUUGAACGGGGGUUAAAUUUAUCGUACAUGUGA